AUGAGCGACUGGGAAGAAGAAUACGAUGAGGAGGUGGUUGUCAACACCAAGCCUAAAAUGUCCUGGGAUGAUGAGGACAGUGACGAUAACAACAAUGUCAAGGAGUCUUGGGAUGAUUCUGAGGAGGAAGAGGAGCAACAAGUAGAGCAAAAAAAGGUCGAAAAGAAGCCCGAAACCACCACUGCAUCACCUGCCAAAAAGAUGACAUUGAAGCAAAAGAUUGCUGAAAAGGAGGCUGCUUUGAAGGAACAAAAGGCCAAGAAGAUUGCUUUGGCUAAUCGUUUCAUGGAAGGCGAGACUGAGGAGGAGAGAUUUGAGCGUGCUCAACAAGAAGCCGGUAUCAAGAAGGCUGAAUUUCAAGGCGAAGAAGACACUCCCAAGAAGGCCCCAUCAAAGCCUGUCGAAUCUCUUAAACCUAGAUAUAAGUCUGAAUUCGAGGAAUUCCAAAAGUUAUUGACUGAUUUGAUUCUUGAGCAAAAGAACAAUCCUCUCUACGCUUCAUUUUUGGAGCAAUUCGCCAAGGACAUUGCUCAGCCUGCUAAGGAUAUGGAUAUUCGUAAAGCUGCCUCUAGUUUGACAGCUCUUGCCAACGAUAAGCAACGUCAACAAAAAGAAGCCCUCAAGAACAGUAAAAAGGCAAAGGGUAAGACUCAAUCUACCAAGGCUGCUCCUGCUGCUGCUCCCACUAGAGAAUAUUCAACCACUUAUGAUGAUUUCGAUGAUUUCAUGUAA